UUCAAACAGUUGUGGGCGAUAUGGCGUCUUCUUAAAGCGCAGAGAAAUCGUUGCAGUUUUGUUGACAAGUGAUUAAGGUGAUCUCUGAGUUUUAAAAACUGUUUAUUAACAUAGCUGUAGUUAAUAGUUAAUAGUAAACGCCUGGCUCUAAAUGCAUAGGGCUCAGUUUCGCAUGUUUUGAGAGAUUUUUUAAGGUAACUGCACUUUUUGCUAAAUUGCUAAGUAGCCAAGGUAAGAGGUUAGCUAGUUCACGCUGCACGCAUUCAGUUAUUAGAGGUAGAGUUACGUUAUCUGUCUUAACUGAGUCCUUCCCUACAACUUUUGAUAUAAACUCCUCUCCACUUUUUAGUGCUUCUUAAACGGCCGUUUCUAAAAGCUGUGGAUUCAUAUUAUUAUUCAGACACACAGUUGAUCAAAUGUUUAUAUUCGCAGAUGGCAGCCGACUCCACAGACAAGAAGGAUGCGGACUCCUCAGGGACCAAAGACAGAGACAGGAAACGAAGCCGAUCAAGAGAGAGGGAUCGCAAAUCGUCCCCUACAAGGAAACGGCACCGAUCCCGCGAACGAAACCGAUCCAAAUCUGCAGAAAGGUAACUCAAAUCAUGGGCCACUAAACCGCAUCAGUGCUUCUGCUUGUGGAACGUAAUGUUAAAAUCAGAACAGAGAUAAUCAUUGUGAUUGUAAUGUGUUAUAAUCACAGAGAUAGACGUCUUAAGGAUAAGGACCGAGACAAGGACAGAGACAGAGAUAAGGACAGAGACAGGGGCCGAAAGGACAGAGACAGCCAUCGACGGGAUAAAGAUCGCAGCAAGAGGUCCAGGUAUGUGAACACUGAAGUGCAUGAAAACCAAAACACUUAAAAGGAUAUUAAAAAUUAAUUUAGGGUAUUACACCUGUUGGAUUUGCUUUCCCUCUCAGAAGUUCCUCACCAAAGUCAAAGGAUUCCAAGCUAAAGAGAGAGAAGGAUAUAAAAACAGAAGAGGAUGAGGAUGAGAAAAAGAAGAAAGAGAAGGUGAGACUCAAGCGUGGCAGCAUCUAAAACAUACUCUGGCUGUUUCUCAGGUUGAUAUUUUGUUUGUUUUAACUUUGUUGCUCACUUUUCAGGUCCAGCCUUUGUCUCUGGAAGAGCUUCUUGCUAAGAAAAAGGCAGAAGAAGAAGCAGAGGCAAAGGUAAGCAGCUUCCUUAAGUCCAGGUUUCUCUUUUUCUCUCUCCAAUUUUCUCGUCCAAAGUCGAUUGUUUUUCUUCACCUUGAUUUUCAUCUUUUCCAGCCCAAGUUCCUCUCCAAGGCCGAGCGAGAAGCCGAGGCUAUAAAACGGAGGGAACAACAAACAGAGGAAAGGAGAAGGAUGCUGGAAGAUGAAAGGAAGAAGAGAAGGAUGUUCCAGGACAUGGGGAGAAAGAUGCUUGGUGUGUAUUAGCUUCAGUAACGCUGUCAUAAAUGAUUUGUACACUGUGGUAGAUUGUGCCACUGAAGACGGAAAAAAUGUGUGUUGCAGAGGAUCCCCAAGAAAGGGAGAGAAGAGAGCGGAGAGAGCGGAUGGAGAGGGAGAACAACGGGAAUGAAGACGAUGAUGGAAGACAAAAGCUCAGAGAGGAGAAGGACAAAAGUAAAGAGCUUCACGCCAUCAAGGUUCGUCUGAAAUGUACCAUGAGAAAGAACUUUUAUUGUGGACUAUAUUGUUAGCAAAUAUGGCAAAAGGAUUGUGUAGAUUUAAUAAAGGGUUUAAAUGGUUCACAUAACUGAAAUUAGUGACUGUUAAUCGCAGGAACGUUACCUGGGAGGGAUCAAGAAACGAAGGAGAACUCGCCAUUUAAACGACAGAAAGUUCGUCUUUGAGUGGGAUGCUUCUGAAGACACCUCAGUCGACUACAACCCAAUGUGAGUCAACGUGGACACAUUUUAUCAUCAAUUGAUUCAACUCUGGUCUUUGUUUGGUUAUAAUUCUAAAAAGUAUGAUUUUUUUCCCCAUUUGUCCUGCAGCUACAAAGAAAAGCAUCAGGUGCAGCUUUACGGACGAGGCUUCAUCGCCGGCAUUGACUUGAAGCAGCAGAAAAGAGAGCAGUCGCGUUUCUACGGUGACCUGAUGGAGAAGAGGCGAACACUGGAGGAAAAAGAGCAGGAAGAGUAAGUAAAACAAAGAUAGAAACAGAGAAAGAUUAAAACUGAGUGGGAGAAGGUGUAUUUAAAAAAUGUCUCUUUGAUGCUUCUUAGGACGAGGCUGAAGAAGAUGCGUAAGAAGGAGGCCAAGCAGCGCUGGGACGACAGACACUGGUCCCAGAAGAAGCUGGACGAGAUGACUGACAGAGACUGGAGAAUCUUCAGAGAGGACUACAGCAUCACCACAAAGGGAGGAAAGAUCCCGAACCCCAUCAGGAACUGGAAGGAAUAUUCACUGCCUGCACACAUCCUGGAGGUCAUCGACAAAUGUGGCUACAAGGUGACUGCACUUAAACUCUGUUAAAAUGAAAUUCAUGUUUUUAAUUUUUUUAUUAGUGAUUAUUUUGACUUUUGUUGUCUUCUUAACAGAAACCGACUUAGUCUGAAGCACAAUCAAUCAUCAGUUUUGUCUUUUUCUCCUUUAAAAUUCAGGAUCCCACACCUAUUCAGAGGCAGGCCAUUCCCAUUGGUUUACAGAACCGUGACAUCAUUGGUGUGGCUGAGACAGGUAGCGGUAAAACAGCUGCUUUCCUCAUCCCACUGCUGGUCUGGAUCACCACCCUGCCAAAAAUUGACAGGUAACGCCGCCAAGUCUUCGUAUCCCUUCAAUCUGUUUUCUCACCAGCUUUCACCACACUGUAUUCAAACAGUUCAUCAUCCAAUGACAGCGUCCUUCUUUCUCAUUGGCUGUUUGUGCAGGAUUGAAGACUCAGAUCAGGGUCCUUACGCUGUGAUCCUGGCUCCGACUCGUGAGUUGGCCCAGCAGAUCGAAGAGGAGACCAUAAAGUUUGGGAAACCUCUCGGCAUCCGUACUGUGGCUGUGAUUGGAGGAAUCUCAAGAGAGGAUCAGGGCUUCCGUCUCAGGAUGGGAUGUGAGGUGAGAUAUGAAGAAAGACACAAAAGCCCAAAGGAUUCAUGAAUUUUGAGCAGGGAGUAGUGUGUUACAUGUUUGUGCUCCUGUCUUAUCAGAUUGUGAUCGCCACCCCUGGUCGUCUGAUCGACGUGCUGGAAAACCGCUACCUGGUCCUGGGACGCUGCACCUACGUGGUCCUCGAUGAGGCCGAUCGUAUGAUUGACAUGGGCUUCGAGCCUGACGUCCAGAAGAUCCUGGAGUACAUCCCUGUGACCAAUCAGAAACCAGACACAGAAGAGGCAGAGGACCCCGAGAAGAUGAUGAUGAACUUCGAAUCAGGGAAAAAUAAAUACAGACAAGUAUGUGUGUCUGUUCAAGGCUUUGAACCAUCCAUUUAAAAACAGACCUCGCUCUUAUUAUUUGUUUUGUGUUUCUCUAGACGGUCAUGUUUACAGCUACAAUGCCUCCAGCUGUGGAGCGCCUCGCCAGGAGCUACCUGAGACGUCCCGCUGUGGUUUACAUCGGGUCUGCCGGCAAACCUCACGAGAGAGUUGAACAGAAGGUGCUGCUCAUGUCAGAGGGAGAGAAGAGGUGAGGCAAAUAAAGAUAAAAACCGCAAACCUUCACAUUUAAGUCAGUCAAUGUGUCAUGCUGAGAGUUUUUUCUUAUGUUGUGUUUUGCAGGAAGAAGCUGUUGGAGGUGUUGGCGCAUGGUUUCGAGCCUCCCAUCAUCAUCUUCGUCAACCAGAAGAAGGGUUGCGACGUGCUGGCCAAGUCUCUGGAGAAGAUGGGAGUAAGUCACCUAAAUUUGUAUCUUCAAAUUUCUCGAUCUUAAAAAGGAAUUCUUAGAAAAUUAACCUUUUAUUGUCUCCUCACCUCUUGCAGUACAACGCUUGCACGCUUCACGGUGGCAAAGGCCAGGAGCAGAGAGAGUUUGCGCUCUCCAACCUUAAAGCUGGAGCCAAAGACAUUCUCGUGGCCACAGAUGUCGCUGGUCGUGGUAUUGAUAUCCAGGACGUCUCCAUGGUCAUCAACUACGACAUGGCCAAGAACAUCGAAGGUAGAGAUCCUCACGACAAACUUUUCUUUAUUUUUAACACAUUUUUGAAAGGAGAGAAAGUUGAAAGCCUCCUGUUUCUCUUUUGCAGACUACAUCCAUCGUAUCGGUCGUACCGGUCGUGCUGGUAAGAGUGGUGUCGCCAUGACCUUCUUGACUAAGGAGGACUCUGCAGUGUUCUACGACCUGAAGCAGGCCAUCCUCGAAAGCCCCGUCUCCACCUGCCCUCCAGAGCUGGCCAACCACCCGGACGCCCAGCACAAACCUGGAACCAUUCUCACCAAGAAGAGGCGCGAGGAGACCAUCUUUGCUUGAUUUAUCCCGGUACACACACACGCACAUACGCAACGGGAUUUUUUCAUCCCUUCUCCGCAGGACGAGUACGUCUCUGUUUCACUUCGGACUCUCUCUGAGUCACACCUAGUUUUUAUGUCGUGGUUGCCCCCUGCACCUCACUCUGUCAGUCUGAUUUUGACUUCUCAGCUGGUUCGCCAGUUGAAAAUAAAGACAGAUAAUCAGUUUAAAGUAGAGGUGCGUGAAACUUCACUUCUUUCGGGACACACAGGCUCAGUUCAAACCUGCUGACAUGGACAACUGGUUCGGGAUACUUUGUUUUGCUUUUAUAAACCUUGAUGUAAAGGAUCUCUUCUGUAUAAACGCUUCUCAUCUGUUAUGAAGUUUGAUAAAAUCAGCCAGGAUACAAGUGUAGAUGAGUUGUGCUGUGUUUAAUUCAUCCUCUGUAGCCAUGAUUAGAAUUUCCUGACUGUCUAAGAGACCAAUGUGAUGAUCAGUGUUGAAGUGAUGACCUUUUGUUUCCUCUGGGUUCCCAACUGUAAGUCAUUGUUUUAAAUACAAACAUUUGUAAGAUGUGAAUACAGCAAAAAUGAAAAAUUAA